AUGGCUCGCCGCGACACGGACCAAAUCCUGUCCUACUAUCAGUCGGAGCACGCUGGUCGCGACCCGGACCUUCACGCCCAAGUACAGGACUCCAAACCCAAUACUUCUCCCCACGCAGACCGACACGACCGCACUCGCCACUCCGAGUCCUCUCCUUCCCACCGUUCCCCUUCACGCCUCCCACCACCGUCCAACCACGCGCGCAAGAAUUCGAAAACCGCGCUCGCCCCCGCGCCGCCUCUCAGCAGCUACGUCAACCCCGAGCCCAGAGCGAGUCUCAGCGCACUUCCAUUGAGCACGCAUACCCACGACGUCCCAGAGCUCCCCACGCCGCACUCUACGCGUGAGCGCGAGCGAACGAGUGGCUCCACGGGAUCAGGCAGGGCAGCCGGAAGCGACCGCAGCGAGUUCAGACACUCGAGACGGCCCAGUGUCCCCACGGAGGGCGGUGCAGACAGGCGUCGCCUCGCCAUAGUGGAGAUGGACACACCGCUCCCCGCGUCCCUGGGCCGUAAAAGGAGUAACCUCGAUGGCCGCAGCAAUCCCUCCGCUACUGAUUCCCCUCCCUCUCGCUCCUCCGCGCGCGCCCACCCUCUAGACGCGAUGCCCGGCGGUACCCUCUUCGCGCGGCGCGGCGUGCACAUCGGCGGCCUCGCGCUCGUCGCGCCGCCCGACGCGGCCCCGUCGUCGUACCAAGACCUCACCCCUCCACCUUCGACCGCCCCGCUGGUGUCCACCGGAAGCAAGACGACAAGCGCGAAGUUCGCCGCAACACACGCACGCUCGGCGUCAGAGGCGGUCGACGGUGGCCGCGCCCGGCUUGCACGCAUGCCGUCGCGCGACGUCGGGAUCGUGGGCCUUCACUCUGGUUCGUCGGCGUCGGAGAGUGCGGGGCCGGCAAGCCCCGGCUCGGACGACCUGUACGGCAUCGGCGUCGGCGACGGGAGCGUGCCUGUGUUCCAGACGCCGGGCCGCAGCCGGCCACCGUCGCCAGGCCAUGCCACAGACGCCAGGCUCGAUCGUCUGCCACAGCGACUGUUCCCCUCGCCGCUCAUCGGCAUGGACGACGCCGACGCCGGGAUGCUCACUCCCCCCAUCGGCCAGGGCAAGGACAUCCGCCAGCCCGUCGUCGGUCCCGUCAUCGUCGGUCUCUCCCCCGAGCUCCUCCGUCGCGACCGCGCCCACCCCGGCGCGCGCCAUCCCCAGGCCCAGUCCCCCGCCUCGUCCUCCGGCUCGUCGUCGGUCCAGUCGCCCUCAUCCUCAUCCACGUCGUUCCCGUCGCCCUUCUUGCACUACCACCCCGGGUUGCAUGCAACUGCGGGCCCGCUCCCGCCUCCUCCACGCUCCAUUUUUGACACCACGCGUGGUGACCCGGGCCCUCCUCCCCGCCCCCCUCGAUACCACACGCCCAUACCUAACAACUCCCGCCGCGAUAUAGACGCGAUCAAGGAGGCGUUACAGCUACCUCAGUCAGUCUCCGCAAAACUGGCCGCCAGAACUCCGCCCGUGGAGGACAGGGAGGACAAGCUCGAAGGUCAGCCACCGAAGCCCGAAGGUAGCACGGGCCAGGAGAGGAGCAAGGCGCGGAGCAUGGAUUCGGUGUACAGCGAUGAGGCAGCAGACGAGCCCUCCGUCAAACUGGUGUCGGCUCCGCCGCCUGCGCACAGAAGAGAGGGUGCAUUUCCGCCCUCAAGGUUCCUCUCAUCGUCGCCUAGCAAGCAGAGCGUCCAGUCUCCCCUACCCUCCCAAUCACCUCCGCAGAUCGAUGAAGCGACACCUGCGUCGUCGCGCGGUGCGGCAGGGGGCAGACCCGUCGUGGUCGUUGAGCAGGAUGAGCCGGAGGAGGAGACGGCGAAGUCGGAGGAAGAAGUGCCGCGGAGGCCGGCAAUUGACUUGGAGCGCGAGAGCAGCUGGGCGAGCCUCAGAGAGUCCGUCCUCACGAAGCGUCACUCGUCACCGAACGGCAAGACGAAUAUGCUGCAGAAGCCCAGUCCCGAAGUGGUGUCCCGCUCCCCGUCCGUUUCGCACCUCCCCUCGCUACCUCCGAAGAGCAUCCGCGGCUGGUCAGACGACGAGAAGAGCACGUCCCUCGCGCCGAGCUCGUUCAAAGUCCUCACGAGCCUCAAGCGCUUCUCAUCUCUCCCCCGCACACCGUCGCGCUCAUCGCGGUCGAGCAAGCGGUCGUCCACUGACGACCCUCGGCGCUCACUCUCUCCGCCCCCUCCUACGCCCCCGCCGCAGAUCCACGUCCAGUCUCCUCCUAGGAAACGGAUGGUACCGAAGAUCAAGUACGUGCAUUCAUGGCCCCCAGCGAUGAACCCAGCGGAGAUUGUCUCCCUCCGGGGGUCGCGAGAGCGGGCGCAGAUGUACGCGAUGAAGAUCAACGAGCUAUCGCAGUACGACUGUGGCUUGCGCAAUUGGUUACAGACACAACACCGUGGGUCGCUCUCGCAGCCCUCCACACAGGCCUCACACCGAGGGGCGCACCAUGCUCCGCAUGCGUCCCUGCCUGCAGAAUUCGGCGCCGUGCCUUCUGGCCUCCGGAAUGUCUCACAUGGGUCGAUGGCCUCUGAAGCGACCUUUCCCAUCCGGGCCGACGCCUACACCGCCACGGACCUCUCAACACGACCUUCGGACGUCUUCUCUUCCGCAGCAUCUCCGCCCAACCUACCGUACCCCGCACUGGCGCAAGUGCAGAUCUCAACGUCGCGCUCGCCUGCGCGGGCGUCCACCCUGCUGCUGUCGCCCACCAAGGCGCUCGGCCUCCCGCUCCCUCUCUCAGGCGCCAGGAGCGGGACGGGCUUCUUCGCAGACAAACCCACACUCGGCGCCCCGUCUGGAAGAUUGUUGAAGCAACGCCCUCCCGGGAUCGCACAGGCGCACUCCAGCCCGCAGCCCUCCACGUCGACCCCGCCCUCCAUCCCCGGCGGGCCUCGGUCCGCUCCAGGCCGCAUCGCCCGCGCGAAGACCUCCGGCUCCGCCCUCGGGAGCACGGGCAGGACCUCGAACACGAGCUCGCGCGGCGGCUCCGCGAGCCCUCCCCGGCCCGCGGGCAGCACGAGCCCACAGCGCCAGAGCGCGAGCGUGGUCGCCGCGAGCCGGCGGCCGUCGCUCUUCGCGCGCGCGCGCCAGGGGCACGCCUCCGUCGUCCCCCACACCGCGCGUGGGGUGUCCCCGGCGGGGCGCGCCGACCUCGCGUUCGAGCGCGAGGUCGACCGGCUCGCGGACCUGCUCCCGCACGCUGAGCGACAGGUGCUCGCGGGUUAUCUCCGUCGUGCGGGUCAGGACAUGCUCGCGAUCGGGCAGUACCUUGAGGACGAGAAGAACGGGACGCUGCGGCGGGACUAG